ACUGACUGCCGGCCAUUAUUUGCAAGCGGUGAAAGAUUCGGCGUUGGUUUGUAAAAUUGUUGUGAAUCUACCGGCAUCAAAAGCCUACAAAGCGUGUAGCUUUUACUUGUAGUUAUUUAACUGUAGCUACUUUUCAAAUUCCAACAAGAUGGGUGAUGAAAAAAAGGCCAGUGAUAGCGAGCACAUCAAUCUCAAAGUACUUGGUCAGGAUAAUGCUGUUGUACAAUUUAAAAUCAAAAAACAUACCCCUUUAAAGAAAUUGAUGACUGCCUAUUGUGAACGUGCUGGUAUUAGCACACAAGUAGUCAGAUUUAGAUUUGAUGGAAACCCAAUAAAUGACACAGAUACUCCAAAUUCUUUAGAGAUGGACGAAGGUGACACAAUUGAAGUAUACCAACAACAGACUGGUGGAUUCUUCCAUCGGUUUCUUUCCAUUUAAAUAAUCACAGUGUAUUGUUCUUGUAUUUUCUUAUUUGCUAAAUUAAACUAGUUUUAAAUAAU